GCAAGGCGUCGAAGGAAGUCACUUUAAUUUCAUUGUUAGGAUCGGAAUUGUAUAAUUUUACAGUCAGUUUGAAAUUGACAUUUAAUUUUGCCUAUUUAAACCAUCCAACUUGAGACUAUGGAGUAUCCCACAAACAUAUAUCUCUUCCACACAUCGAUAGAGAAAGCAUGAUUUCUGAUAAAGGAAUAUCAAUCAAAUUUCUUCUUUUUCUUCUACUUUGUGUCUCUGUUUCAGGAGAUGAUGCAGAAGUGAGAUGCAUUGCGAGGGAGAGAGAAGCUCUUCUGAGCUUCAAGAACAGCCUCGUCGGUGAUGAUGGUUUUCUCUCGUCAUGGCGAAGUGACGAAUGCUGCGAAUGGUAUGGUGUUGAGUGCAGCAACACGACUCGCCAUGUCAUCGCCCUCCAACUUAACGCUUGUGAUUAUGAUGGUGCAUUGCAAGGUAAGGUUGGUUCUUCCUUGCUUGAGUUGCAUCAUUUAAACUAUCUUGAUCUCAGUUGCAAUGAUUUUGGAGGCAAUUCAAUCCCACAAUUCAUUGGUUCCAUGAAACAAUUACAACACUUGUUUCUCAGGCGUUCUCAGUUUUCUGGAAUCAUUCCUCCUCAGAUAGGCAACCUUACUAACCUGCGCUCACUUGGUCUCUCAUAUAACUCUUUGAGGAUUGAGAAUCUCGAUUGGCUUUCAAGUCUCUCUUUGUUGUCUUUUCUUGGUUUGAGUCAAAUCGACUUAAGUCAUACAAACUGGCUGCAACAUAUCCUAAGCCUUCAUUCCCUAAAUGAAUUGUACUUGAAUUCCUGUAACUUGAAGGAUAAUAGUGAACCUUUUCUCAAUUCUUCUUCCACAUCUCUUCUUUCUAUCCUUGGUGUGUCUGAUAAUAACCUCACUUCUUCCUCGUUCGAUUGGUUAUCUAACAUAAACACAAGUCUGGUGGAAAUAGACCUGUCAGGCAAUGCUUUUGGUGGCCCGAUUCCUAUUGCAUUAAUAGAGAGUUUGGUUCUUAUUGAGCAUCUUGAUCUUUCUAGUAACACGCUUCAAGGUCAAAUCCCAAAAUCUUUGUGCAAUCUGAGUCAUCUGCGCGUCUUAGUACUUUAUGAUAAUGACUUAAGAGGAGAUCUUGAUGAGUUGUUUGGAAAUAUAUCAGCUAAAGGAAUAUUGGAAUCACUCCAAAUUCUGGAUUUGGCUAAUAAUAAACUCAAUGGUUCAGUGCCAGACCUGAGAGCAUUUUCUGGAUUGACAGAAUUGUACCUUGGGGGGAACAACUUCACUGGCCCCGUGCCUCUAAGUAUUGGCCAACUCUCUGAGCUUCGAAUUCUAGAUCUUUCUAAUAAUUCUUUGCAAGGCGUAGUCUCUGAAUCCCACCUCAUCAAGCUCGACAAGUUGAAGUUACUAGAAUUAUCCUUCAAUUCAUUGACCUUGCAUAUUGCCCCCCAUUGGAGUCCUACUUUUCAGUUGAGUGGUAUAAUUUUAGCAGGAUGCAAUGUGGGCCCAUCUUUCCCAAAAUGGAUCCAAACUCAGGGGAAUUUGUCAACCCUUGAUCUCUCUAGAGGUGGCAUAAGAGAUGAAGCCCCAACAUGGUUGUGGACUAUAUCCCCUUCAUUAGUCCGCUUAUUUCUUUCUGACAAUCAAAUUACUGGAUCUGUUCCUAAUCUCUCAUCCACUUCCAUCAGAUACUUAGAACUUAGUAACAAUAAUUUCUCAGGUCCUAUUCCAUUAUUUUAUGCCAAUCCUGUUGUUAUUAAUUUGAAUGGAAAUAUGUUCUCUGGUUCGAUUUCAUCUAUUUGCAAAAUUCCCCAUUAUCAGCUUGAGUUCCUUGACCUCUCCAAUAAUCAGUUGGCAGGAGAGGUUCCCAACUGUUGGGAGAAAAUGCCAAGCUUAGUCUCUCUCAAUUUGGCUGACAACAGUUUUUCGGGUGAAAUUCCUCCUUCUCUUGGUUCUUUACUUGACAUCUCUGCAUUGAAGUUGCGUGGUAAUAAUUUAUCUGGAGAGUUUCCUUCCACUUUGAGACUUUGCAGAGAAUUGAGGUUAGUUGAUGUUGGAGGGAAUGAGUUAACAGGAGAGAUCCCAAUUUGGAUUGGCCAGUUGUAUAACAUGCGAUUUCUAAACCUUCGCGGGAAUAAAUUGCAUGGCAGUAUUCCUCCUCAUAUUUGCAAUCUCACUUAUAUUCAAAUUCUGGACUUGUCGAUAAACAUUUUGUCUGGAAAAAUACCCGAUUGCUUCAACAAUUUUACUGCCAUGGCUCAUAAGAGUACCACACAAGUUGAUAUAUCAUCUCGGUAUGGUUAUUACUACAAGUUGAGAUACAACGAAAAUCUUCCAAAUGAGAAUUUCAGAUAUGUCGAUGAAUAUUCGUCAUUUCAAUGGAAAGGUCAUGAAUUUGAAUACCGGAAAAAUCUCAUACAUCUCAAACUCAUUGAUUUUUCAAGCAAUAGAUUGAGCGGAAGCAUUCCCAAAUCAUUUUCCAGCAUGCAGAGAUUAAUUUGUUUGAACCUAUCAAGAAACAGUUUGACAGGAAAUAUAAUUGGAGAUAUUGGUGAGAUGGAGAUGUUGGAAUGCCUUGAUCUAUCACACAACCACCUAUCCGGUAAAAUACCAACAAGCUUUGCCCGAUUAAAUUUCUUAACCUUUCUUAAUUUGUCGAGCAACGGUUUGUCUGGAAAAAUUCCAACGAGUACUCAACUUCAGAGCUUCAACGCGUCUGCUUAUGCCGAGAAUGAUGGACUCUGUGGGCCCCCUCUGGCAUCGUGCCCCGAAGAUAGCUUGAGGCCAUCCACCCCUAAUCCGGGGGAAAGCAUGAAUGAGAAAGACGACGGCGGCCUCUCAUUUAUGCAAGAAGUUGGCAUAUCAAUGGCCUUUGGUGUUAUUUUUGGAUUUUGGGGAGUUGUUGGUUCUUUCAUACUCAAGAAAUCAUGGAGAAUUGCAUACUUCAACUUCUGGGAUGCUGUUGGAGAUUGGUUCUACGUCAGGAUUGCUUUGUUUGUAUCCAAAUGGAGACGAACCUGAAAUAUAGAGUUGCCCAAUCUCGUGGAUAGUACAAGAAGUAAGGAUGAAGUCUCCAAUUAUGUAUUUUUAAUUUUGUCAUCGUUAAUUGUCUUUAAUUAACUAGUGAUAAUGUAAUUUUGUUGUACUUUUACUUUCCAAUUAAUGUAACUGUUUUUCCAAUUAUGUGUUUAUUUUUAUUUUUAUUGUUUAUCA